AUGUUCUCCACCAUGAAGGUCGCUGUUCUUGCUCUCCUGGCUUCCAGCUCCAUUGUUGCUGCUUUCCCCGGUGGCGGUGGUGGCGGCAAGGGCUCCAGCACCAGCUACGCGCCUCCUCCGGCGGAGACCACCUGCUCCACCAAGUACGAGACUGACUACAUCACCACUUCAACCGAAUACGUUGUCACUCAGACAAAGAGUGUUCCUGUCACCAUCACCAAAUCUGGCUCCGUCGUCGUCACCGACACCACGGUGGUUCCUUACACGUACACCACCACGCAUCUCGUGACCAAGACCGUCACCGUACCCGAGACCAAGACCAGCGUCUACACGACGACCUACACCAGCGUCUACACUUCCAGCAAGGUUGACACCAUCACCAAGACCGACACCGACACCAAGGUCGGCUCCACUACCAAGCUCAUCCCCGUCACCAAGCCCACCGUCAGCACGACCGUUACAUACACGCCGAGUGUGUGCCCGGUUACUACGUACAAGCCAGUCACCACCUCGGUUGUCAAGAGCAAGUCCGAAUGCGCCACCAAGACGAAGGGCGGCUACUAA